UGCAGUUUACAUCAGCAUUGCAACGUUUAAUUAGUAAUAAUUAACAUCCAUAAUGAUGAGAAUAUUUUCGAAAGGAAUCGUUAUUCGCUUUCGCGAUUUCGUUUCCAGAGAUUUCCUUUAGGAGAUUUAUUACUCGGAGUAAUCGUCGCAAUAAGAUAUGCAGCUCCGACGCGGUUGGCGUCACUUUCUCGAUGUGCUCGCGGCCGAAGAAGGUUAAGGUUAAGACUGACUGAGAUUCGCCGCGAAAUCGUCUGUCUGCGAUUCAUCCGUGCUCGUCUUCUUCUGGGAAUCAUGGAUCCCGGCGUCCUUUCGCGAUUGAUCCCGCAGAGCAAGGAGCAGGUGAGACCGGCCUGUAAGAAAUGCGGCUACGCCGGGCACUUAACCUAUCAGUGUCGCAACUUCAUCAAGAUCGACCCCAACAAGGAGAUCGUGCUGGACGUGAGCAGCACGAGCUCGGACAGCGACGAGAAUUACGUCACCCCGUUGACGGAGCUGCGGGAGCGCGAGUUGCGGAAGAAGCUGCGGGUGGCGAGGAAAAAACGGCGGGAAAAGAAAGUCAGGAAGAAGCGUAAGAGAAAACGCGAGAGCUCGGAGAGCAGCGACAACGAGUCCUCGUUGUCGUCCUCGUCCUCGUCGUCAUCCAGCGAGGAGAAGAAGCACAAGAAGGGAAAGAAGAGGAAGAAGAAAAGCUCCAAAAGCAAGAAACGCAAGAAGCACAAGCGGCACGACGAUGACGAUUCGUCUGAUGGGAGCGAGGCAAAAGGCGACAGGGGGAAAAAAUGAAUUGUUCAUGAGGACUCCCGAUUCGUUUCUAGUUCCUUCUAUCAUUGAAUAUUAAACGACGCGUGACGUUUUUUCAAUCGUGUUAUUUGCAUCCGUUUUUUUUUUUUUCGUCAACAAGGGAAUUACCUUAAUGUGUCCGCUGACUUGAAUUGACUUGAACUGUAAAUAAGAGCAUGUAUUUUUUUCUACUUGUAUAGAGAGUGACAUUUGUAAUAAAGAGUUGCUGUCCACAAAAACUGUUAAGGUUACAAAAGGA